CACUUAGUGUUACCUACUCCCUCUUCCAUCACCACCAACAAGCACAUUCGCUCAGGCUUACAUUUGUUUUGCAUUUCAACAAACACAGUCACUUUUUGAACAGAACGCAAUACAAUACGCAAUUAUCUAAUAAAGUCCCCCGACCCUCAACCGCAAAAAUGCAAUUCAAGACUCUUUUCGCUGCUGCGGCGGCCGCUGCCACCGUCACUGCCCAAAACACCACCACGGGUAGCAACUCUACCACCCCGGCCGCUUUCGGUGUGCUCUCCAUCCGUUCCGGCAGCGAACUGCAAUACGCUGCCUGGCAGGCGGCCAACAACGGCAUCUUCAAUCUCCUUCCCGAGCAGAACGCCUCGUGCGACGACGCCGCCGGCAACUACAACUCGGCCACGUUCCGCAUCGUCGACGGCGAGCUGUACCUAUACUCGACUGAGAACCCGCCGCAGUACUUCUACGUCGACCGCUCCGGCAUGGGUCAGGGCAAGAUCGGGUUCACUACCGGUGCCGAGCCGGCGCCUAAGAAUGCUGAGCGUGCCGGUUGGGCUGUCACUGCUUCUUCUCAGCUGCAAUUUGAUGGCGCCGGUUUCUUGGCUUGCCCUGGGUACGAGAGUGAUGCUUACGAAAUCUGGUUGGCUGGUAUCUCGGACCACCCCGGUUACAACUACAACUGCACUGGUGUUGCUACCCGCGUUGUCGCUAUGACUGCGCCUGUCAGCUGCUUGUACCAGUCGUAGGUGGAAUAGAUGGAGAAAGGAAUGGUAAUGGACUGAACGUAUAUUCAAUUAGUGGCUUCGACUGUGCAUACUUUGCAAGCGGUCUCGCAUGGGAACGGCGCACUUGUUUAGAUAAAGAAAGGGAUGAGAUACUGACGAAUUAACUAAAGCGUAUAUCAUGUUUCCAAAUGGUUCGCAAGCUUAUGCUAUAUUGCAAGUGAUUCAAUUUGUUCUGUUCGAAAAUACGUGCAUAUCAGAGUCCCAUUAAAUUCACUGUAAGUAGAGAAAUCGAUAUGCUCGGCAAUUCCGACUUGAACACUGGCGCAGCCGAAGGAGCACAACCACAUAUCUACAACGUUGCUGCAAUCAAUAGCUUUCAACUGUGAAAUAUCAAUAGCGAGAAUAGGGGUGC